AUGAUCUUCAUUAUAUUUUUUCUUAUUUUAUGUGGUAUUUCUAAUGGUGCUCAAAAUGUUUGUCGAAUGCCUCCGCGUUGGAAAACUCAUUAUGAUUUCGACCAUAGUAAACGACAACAUGAAUGGGUAACACUUAAUUCUAAAACUGAUUAUUAUAAAUUAGUACUUUCAUGGUCACCAUCAUUUUGUAAACACUUACCAUCAUCUCAACGAAAUCAUACUUUUCAAUGUCAAUAUGAUGAUUUUGGUUUGAUUGUACAUGGUUUUUGGGCACAAUCAAGAUCUGCUAAAAAUCUUCGACAACAUCCACGCAAUUGUCGAAAUGCGGAACCAUUACCUUUGAUAACAAUCAAACGCCAUUUUUGUAUGAUGCCCGAUGAAUCACUUAUUCAAGCCGAAUGGGAAAAACACGGUACAUGUAGUUUUCGUACUGCUGAUGAAUAUCUAAAUACAAUUGAGAAAGUUUUUACGGCAUUAACAAUACCCGAUAUAAGAUAUCUCUUACACGAUAAACGUAUUACUCAAUAUAAAAUUAAAAAAGUAUUUUUAGAAAAAAAUCCAUCUUUACGUGCAAAUCAAAUUAUUGUUCACAUGAAAGGCAAAGACUUAGUUGAUGUACAAAUAUGUUAUGAUCUUAAAUUAAAAUAUACAACUUGUCCUCGAUAUUGA